AGGGGAGCCUUGGAGUAAUGGUAAAGUUGCUGCCAUGUGACCAGAGGUCACGGGUUCAAGCCUUGAAAACAGCCUCUUGCAGAAAUGCAAGGUAAAUACACCUUUGUGGUGGGGCCCUUCCUCGGACCCUGCGCAUAGCGGGAGCUUUAGUGCACCGGGCUGCCUUUUAUUAUUUGUUCAUUUAAAGUUAUGGUUCUCAUUUCCUCCAUCAUGACCCAUUAUAGUGGGAAUAGUAACAGUACUAAAAUUUGCAUCAAUAAUGCAACAAGAUGAAAACAAAACCCCUCCAAUACUUAUAAAGAAAUGUAGUAGGUGAGAUCAUUCAACAUCUAGGCUUCAGUCAUCGUUACAACUAUAAAACCCCAGUAACCUCAAUCACUUGUAUGACAAGCAUUUCCACUGUCCAAAGUCUAUUACACCUCCGUGAUUGUGAUACCUACCAAAUAAUUCCGCAAUGGGAGAAGUCGAUCCAACUUUCAUCCAAGAUGUUGAACACAGGCCAAAACUCACCAUAACUGAAGCAGAGGGCAUUCCAGUGAUUGAUCUCUCAACACUGAAUUCUCCAGAUAUAUCUACUGAGAAAAAUUGCAAGGAGUUAGCAAGUCUAGUUGCUGAGGUAAAAAAUGCAUGCAAGAAGUGGGGAUUUUUCCAAGUGAUCAAUCAUGGGGUGUCCUUAGAGUGCAGAGAAAAGAUUGAUUUGGCAUCAAGAAAGUUCUUCGCCUUAUCUAAAGUGGAAAAGAGAAGAGUGAAGAGAGAUGAGCUGAACUCAAUGGGAUAUUAUGAUACUGAGCUCACAAAAAAUGUUAGGGACUGGAAAGAAGUCUUUGAUUUUACUGUGGAGAAUCCAACUAUGAUCCCACUUUCUCAUGAGCCUGAUGACAAGGAGCUCAAGGAGUUGCACACCCAAUGGCCUGACUACCCUCCGGAAUUAAGGGAGGUGUGUGAAGAGUAUGUUCAAGAAGUGCAAAAGUUGUCCUACAAGUUACUGGAGCUGAUCUCCCUCAGCUUAGGCUUGUCAGCAAAAAGGAUGAAUGGGUUCUUUAAAGACCAAACUAGUUUUGUAAGGCUGAACCACUAUCCCCCUUGUCCUAUCCCUCAUCUGGCUUUAGGAGUUGGUAGACACAAAGAUGCAGGUGGACUCACCAUUUUGGCACAAGACGAUAUUGGAGGGCUUGAAGUAAGGAGGAAAACUGAUGGAGAAUGGAUUAGAGUUAAACCUACUCCCGAUGCUUACAUUAUAAAUGUUGGUGACACUAUCCAGGUCUGGAGCAAUGAUGAAUAUGAGAGCGUGGAACAUCGGGUGGUGGUGAACUCUGAAAGGGAAAGGUUUUCAAUUCCAUUCUUCUUCAAUCCAUCUCAUUAUACUUGGAUAGAACCCUUGGAGGAGCUGGUGAAUGAGAAGAAACCUGCAAAGUACAAGGCCUAUAACUGGGGAAUGCUUUUCACUCAUCGCAAAAACAGCAACUUCAAGAAGCGUGAUGAUGAAAACCUUCAAAUUCAUCAUUUCAAGGCUUGAAACGAUGCAAUCUUGAAUUUACUCAUAGUAUGGCUUCUUCAAGUAAAUGUGUCAUGUGAUAUAAAUAACAAAAUAAUGUAAGGAUCCCUUUUUAGUAUCUAUGAUUUGGAUAAGUAAUAAAUUUCUGUAUAGUUGUAAUGACAACACUGUAUCUCAGCCAUACGUGAUAUUAUAACAAAUGUUAGAAAGAGAAGAUUGGAGUAAAAGACAAUGUAAUUAUUUUCA